AAUUUUUAUUUUUUUUAUGUACGCUGCUUACUCCGUACUGAACAAAAGUCAUAAAAAUGGACCGGGUUCAUUAUACGGAGAUGCUCCGACGAUAGCCGUAUAACAAAAGUCAGUCAAAAUCAAAAUAAUAAUUCUGGCAACGGUGGAACACGGUGGUCGGCUAAAUCAAUUCAAACUCUCUUCUUUCUUCUUCUUCUUCUUUCUUCUUCUUCUUCUCCAAUUUUCAUUCAUCAAAUCAAACUCUCGAAUUAAUUAUCAUUGAUCUCGAGGUUUUACUUCACUAAUUCGGAUCCUUAUCCUACACCCGAAUCCAAUUCUACACCGAUCCAUCAAUUCCGAUCAAUUAAUCGCCGCCUAAUCCUAGCGUAAACUAUCGGUGAUUCAAAAGGUGGUGCAUUUGUUUUUAUUUCGACGAAUUCGUAUCGGUUUUCGACGUUUUCGGGUUGUGGAAUGAGGAUGGGGUUACAGUCUUCUGGCUUAAUGAAUUCUUAACCAGGUUUUGGAAUUCAAUUGGAGGUGAAGGAGGAUGAUUGAUUUCUGCAUUUGACUUUUGGGGAAUUAAUUAUUACUAGUAGUGUUCUCCAUGAUGGAUGAAGAAGUCAGCCGCAGAGGCGGCGGCGAGGUUGCGGAUGAUUUUCCGUCGUCUUCGUUGUCGAUUGCUUCAGGGUUUCGUCCUCGGUUGCUGGCUUUCCGUCCUUAUGUAGAGACCAGUAUAAAGCCUAAAGCUUUGAGAGUCGUGGUUAGAAGACCUUUGGUGGCAAAACUUACAAAGCACAUAGUUGAAACCUAUCAAGAAUGCAAUCCCGAAUUCAGGUAUACCGAUGAAUUGCACCUCAAGAGGUUUUUAACGAGUCCAUCGGAUGGAGUGUUCAAUGAUGGACAUGACAAUGCGAAUUCGGAUCUUAUUCUUUCCGUAAAUUAUGUCUUGGUCAAUUCUCAGACGCAACAAAGAUACAUUGUGAAAGAUAUUCUUGGACAAGGGACAUUUGGACAGGUUGCAAAAUGUUGGGUGCCUGAAACAAACAGUUUUGUAGCAGUCAAGAUCAUAAAAAACCAACCUGCUUACUAUCAACAGGCAUGGGUUGAAGUCUCAAUCUUGACAACGUUAAACAAGAAGCUUGACCCUGAGGAUAAGCAUCAUAUUGUUCGCAUUCAUGAUUACUUUGUAUUUCAGCGUCAUCUGUGUAUUUCUUUUGAAUUGCUGGACACAAAUUUAUAUGAGCUGAUAAAACUUAACAAUUUUAGAGGGCUAUCAUUGAGCAUUGUACAGUUGUUCUCAAAGCAGAUUUUGCGUGGGUUGGGACUGAUGAAAGAUGCUGGUAUAAUUCAUUGUGAUCUGAAACCGGAGAACAUUCUUCUGUGCCCAAGUAUGAAACCGGCAGCAAUUAAAAUUAUCGACUUUGGAUCUGCCUGCAUGGAGGAUAAGACUGUUUACUCUUAUAUUCAGAGUCGUUACUAUAGGUCCCCAGAAGUUCUUCUUGGCUAUCAAUAUACUACCUCCAUUGAUAUGUGGUCAUUUGGAUGCAUUGUUGCCGAGUUGUUUCUAGGCCUCCCUUUAUUCCCUGGAGCUUCAGAGUUUGAUCUUUUGAAAAGGAUGAUCCGCAUACUUGGAGGUCAACCCCCUGAUUGUCUACUAAAGGAGGCAAAAAGCACGAACAAGUUCUUUAAGUUUGUUGGAAAUGUUGAUCAUGUAGAUGCUGGACAUGCUUCCAUGGGGGUCAGAAGUGCUUAUCAAGUAUUAGCCGAAGAAGAAUAUGAAGCAAGGGAGAAGAAGAAACCUGUGAUUGGAAAAGAAUAUUUUAAUUAUAUGAAUCUUGAAGGAAUUGUUGCAGCCUAUCCUUACAAGAAAAAUUUAACAGAAGAAGACAUAAUUAAAGAGAGGCAAGUACGGUUAGCUCUUAUUGAUUUUCUAAGGGGACUUGUGGAGUUUGAUCCUGCAAAGCGAUGGUCUCCAUUUCAGGCUUUAAAACACCCUUUUGUGACUGGAGAGCCAUUCACAAGCCCUUAUAAACCUGCUCCUGAGACUCCUCGUGUGCCGGUUAGCUCAGUUUCACAAAACUUCAAGGUGGACCAUCAUCCUGGUGGGGGGCACUGGUUUGCAGCUGGUCUCUCCCCUAACGUUGCAGGACAUCCUGUAUCGAUGAAUACUUCUCAACACCUUCAGAUGCCAACAUAUGCACACAGCAGUAGUUUUGGUAGUUUAGGAAGCCAUAAUAGUUAUAAUGAUGGUAAUGUACUUGGAAGUAGCUAUGGUAGCUAUGGGGAUAAUUUUAAUACAUUUACGUACUUUUCACCCGUUGGUCCCUCUGCAAUGAAUUUUCACACCCAAGGUGGUAUUCCAAUGGUCGGAACUAGCCCUGAUGCAAGGUGGAGAAUUUUCCACCGGCCACCAGGACUUGGUGUUAGUCCAUCUGCAGGAAAUUUCGCACCAUUACCUCUUGGAACUAGUCCUUCGCAGUUUACCCCGCCAAGCAGUUUUACUCAGAAUUCUGGUUCUCCUGGACAUUAUAGUUCUGCAUCCCCUGCAAGAGGAAAUUGUCAGGGAUCGCCACUUGGAAAAGGUAUUGCUGUUAGUAAUUUCAGCCGGAGAAAAAGUUGGGGAUAUUCCGGAAAUAUGCAGUCUCAAGAAGGUACCUCCUCUUCGCAUUGUCAAGGACAAUCGAACGGAAAUGUGUGCUUCAGUCAAGGUGAGGGUAACUCACAGGUACCUGGUGGUCCACUGCAUAUGCCUAUAAACUCUAACGCGUCGAGCUGGAAGCCACCAUCUGGUAGUAGUAAUUUCAGUAAUGAUCACUCCUUUUCCCAUGUGCCAAGUUCUGGUUUGCAUGGUUCAAGUCUUCAAUUUUCACAAAUCAAAGGACAUGUGGAUGAGAAGCUUGAUGCAACAACAUUGCCUGAUCCUGGUGAUUGGGAUCCAAACUAUAGUGAUGAACUACUGCUCCAAGAGGACAGUUCCGAUAUGAGCAGCAUCACUUCCGAGUUUGGUAAAGUGGUGACUAUAGAUAAAGCUACGGGAUCACCACAAACUUUUGGUUUUGGAACAUACAGCCAUGAUUCAAAUACAAUUUCCAAUUCAUUGUGGAGGCCAAGUGGACCUAUUCAAGGAUUUGCAAAACCAGAUAUGAACAGCCCACCUGUUCACAAUCUACCUCUUGGGUAUGGCCGUUCCAUGCCAAGGACACCACAAUUUAUAUCACAAUUGUCACCAACCUCUCUAAGCCGUUUGGGACAGCCACCUAUUCAGCGUACUAACCAUGGGAGAUCAUCUGGUUUUCAUGGGAACGAGGGGAUUCAUAUGAAGCCACAGCACAGUUCUUAUAGCUAUGAUCCAGGAAAUUCAAAUUCUCUUGGAGGAAACUCUUUCAAUAACAGCACGCCUUGGGGUCAACAUUGGGGGGGAAGAAGAUAGAUACAAUAUGUUCAUUUUGAUAGCCCUUGCCCUUGUUUGGUAGGUCACAGAACCGACCGACUAGUCAACAUCCCACCGUCAUCUCGAGGAAGAAAAGACUUUGGAAGGAUAUCAUAUUCAUGACCUUGCAUCUGCCAGCAAUUCACAUCCAUCAUCAUCUCCGGAGCCGGCAAGAAAGCUCCGCGUUAUUUCCUUCCUCUUUGUGAGCUUGUGCUGUAGAAUUUCCCAUCCUGAACAUGCUCAUUCAUUGUCUUUGGCUAUUAUCUGUGUCAUUUAUUUGAAUUUUGAAAGUAAAUCUUCUGGUUUGCUUUAAUGGUGUUCCAUUCUAUUGUUAUCUCUAACGAAACGUGCAUCAUUUUGAGUGAAGGCCGAGUAAUUAUGAAUGUCUCUCUUCAAUUCUCAAUACUUGAUGAACAUUGAUGGUACUGUCAACUUGUUAGCUAUCAGUGAUUCACAGUCAGUUGAUCAUAGAAUACACUAUUCAGCUUCGUCUCAGAAUUCAAAACAUCUCUCUGCUUUAUUCAUGCCGGUUUGGAUUGUUGCAGAGCUUAAAGACUGAAAUGUAAGAAGAUUGAAACCAUUGCAUUUAAACUGACAUACAGAGUAGUUGUAUGGCUUCGUACCUCCUCAGUACUCACUACCGAGUUCCAAUGUCUAAGACCUCGGAAAUUGGCAGUACUCUGCUCUUUAAGUUCUAUAGGAGUAGGCAUUACUGUCAUUGAAAGCAUGAUAUUUCAGAUUAUUCUGUUUAAAACUUGCAAGUAAGCUAAACUUUGAAAUGAAAUUGAUGUCAAUUAUCUUUA